ACGCGCCAAGAGGCGCUUCCGGCUCUUAAGGGAACGUGUCCCUGGGUGCUGGCGAGGCUUCUUCUGCCGGGCCGGAAGUGCGGACUGUGUUGGGGACUGGAGGCAAUGGAGCAGGCCGAAGCGCACAACGGCAGCGGGGCCGCCGACUCCCCCUCGGUGGGGCCGGCUGGGGCCCGGCCCCCCGCCACCCCCGAGGGCAUGGCGCUGGCCUACGGCAGCCUGGUGCUGAUGGCCCUCCUGCCCAUCUUCUUCGGGGCGCUGCGCUCCGUCACCUGCGCGAAAGGGAAGAAUGCCUCUGAUAUGCCGGAGACCAUUACCAGUCGUGAUGCUGCUCGCUUUCCCAUCGUUGCCAGUUGUACUCUUCUAGGCCUCUAUCUCUUCUUCAAAAUUCCAUUUAGGCAGGCUGAUCAGAAUCUCUGGAGAUCUGUAUGCAAAAUGGGAGCAACAUCUUAUAUUCAAAAUGGGAGCAGUCUACAAGCAAAUGGAGUUCAGGACAGAUAUUCUCUCAAGAGUACAUCAACCUGUUGCUCUCCAUGUAUUUCUUUGUCCUUGGGAUCCUUGCCCUUUCUCACACCAUCAGAGAUUGUGAACUACGAAUUCGACACCAAGGACCUCGUGUGCCUGGCCAUGAGCAGCGUUGUUGGGGUCUGGUACCUGCUGAAGAAGCACUGGAUUGCCAACAACCUCUUUGGACUGGCGUUCUCGCUCAAUGGCGUGGAGCUGCUGCACUUGAAUAAUGUCAGCACUGGCUGCAUCCUGCUCGGGGGCCUCUUCGUCUACGAUGUCUUCUGGGUCUUUGGGACCAAUGUGAUGGUGACUGUCGCAAAGUCAUUUGAGGCACCCAUCAAAUUGGUUUUCCCCCAAGAUUUGCUGGAGAAAGGCUUGGAGGCAGACAACUUUGCCAUGCUGGGUCUGGGGGACGUUGUCAUUCCAGGUAUCUUCAUUGCUCUGCUGUUACGCUUUGACAUCAGCCUCAAGAAGAACACGCACACGUACUUCUACACCAGUUUCGUGGCUUAUAUUUUGGGGCUGGGCCUCACCAUCUUCAUCAUGCACAUCUUCAAACAUGCCCAGCCAGCUCUGUUGUACCUGGUCCCGGCCUGCAUCGGUUUCCCUCUCCUGGUGGCUCUGGUUAAGGGAGAAGUGACGGAGAUGUUCAGCUACGAAUCUUCUGCCGAAAUCUUGCCCCACACCCCGCGGCUGACCCAUUUCCCUAACAUCUCCGGCUCGCCCUCCAGCCUUGCUGACUCCAUGCAGCAGACCCUGUCCUGUUCCCACAGACGCCGGCAGCAAAGCCCCAGCGCCAUGUAGCUCUCCCAGGCAAGGCCUGGCCUGCCUCCCUGUCACUGGCCAGCUACGAGGAGAACGCUGCCGCCAAAGAGGUGCUGCCGGAUGAUGCCAAAGAAGGGAAGACAGAGCCGGGGAAGAAGGAGAAGUGACUUUGAGCUGCUCAGCCGGGCUGGGCUCUGUCUGCUAUACAACCCCCCCCCCCCCCGCCAUCGCAAGUGAUUUUUGUUUUUUAAAAAGGCAAACGGAUUGUGUAACGGCCGUGUGUGCGUGUGUGUAUGUAUGCGUCUGUCUGAAGAGCCGGGGCGGGGGGAGAGGCAGGGGCACCACUGACCUUUUCCCCUCUGCCUUUGGGAAGCUCCUCCCGUUCCCCUGCGAAGGGAUGGGGCCAAGUGGUCCCUGCUCCCCAGAUGCCGUGGACACCCGCUCCCCUUCUCUUAUUGGUUGUCUCAAUGGGGUGGAGAAAAUGGGGAGCAGGGGGCCACCGAGAGCUGAUUUUUAAAUUUUGUAUUGUGGAUUUGCUUCUUCUCAUAUUAAAAGGAAAAAAAAAAAAACACAAAAAAACAGAUAUUAAAGGGCCGAGGGCUGGCGCUGCGUCUCUUUCCUUGGGGUUGCCGGAUUCAGUUGGGAUGUGACAGAAAUGUGGGGUGAAUGUGCCAGAAGUGAAGCUGGGCAGUAGGUAGACAAGCAGCAACUGCCCACCUCCUCGGGGAUCCCAAGCAGAGCAACCCGGCAAGCAGAGCUGGGCACUCAGUUUCUCUUGAGAGCAGGGACAGCUGAUUGGGUUUGGGGAGGCAUUAAUUUAUAUCCUGUCCUUCAAUCAGAUAUUCACGGUAGAUGUCAACUGUGUAUUGAGGGCACCCUAGUCCAGGGGUGCACAGUUCAAAUGCCCUGGUGGGCCAAAACCAACCCCGAGGUGGUGUGUGGGGGGCAAGGUCAAUUUUUAGGCCUUAAAAUUAGCAUGUUGGUUAACGAAUUAAUCAAAAUGAAAUUCAUUUAAAUGCAAUUAAUUGAAAUUAACUUAAGCUCUGGCAGACCAAGAUUAAUUAAUUCCACCGGCUGCUGUGGCUGCAUCUCGCCAUCCCUCCCCCCCUCCCCGAAUCCCUCUGCCUCCUUCGGGGCUGAGAGCUUUCUGGUAGUGGAGGUAUGCAUGACCCAGCUGAAGGCACAGGGCACAUAGACACCCUCAUUCCCAGCAGAGGGCCUUGAGAGCCUAGGUGGGUGGUGGGGGUGGUGGCGGCGAGGCAGUGCACUCUCUGCCUCCCACACCACUCACGCUUGCUCUCAAGCCCCUCUGCUGCUGGGGGUGCAUGUGUGCCCUGUGGUCUGCGUAGCUUAGUAUUGUCUGGCUGGGGAAGGCCUCCAAGGUCCUUCUGUAGUGGGAAUAUCUCUUGUGGCCCUCUGUGCAGUCACACGAAUGGGAGGGGUACAGCUGACCCUUCAGGACACUUCUUCAGCUCCUCGUGGUGCUGUGAUGUUGCCCUCGUGUGGCUAUUGUGAAGGGCAGUUGGAGUGUUGGUACCUCCCAGUUAUUUUCUGACCACCGUGCUAGGAACACUGGAGAGAGCUCCUCUUGUUUGGAAAGCUUCUCUGAGUCUGUGGAGGAAAGUGAGAACUUCUGUUAUUAACUUCUCUUUAGGUUGUGGCUCAGAUGGAGAGCUUUGUACUAGGUGUCUUUUAUGGGCAAGACACAUGCAAAGUGUAAAUCCUGUUGGGCUAAAAUUCCUUUGGGCACAAGCCUUGCCUAUUGUGUGUGGGAGAAGAUAAGAUUAAUAGCUGUAAAAUCUGUCUGCAUUUUUCAAAACAGAAUUGAGAGUUAUGGCUCAGAGCUGCUUGAUAUGAUUUAGCUUUGCAGACUCAAUCAGUAUCUGCUCCCUCAGGGUUGAAAGCCAGCUUGGCCUUCAACAUCAAUGGCAGUUCUGCCUCUUCUGUUUUGCAAGAAAGCCUUAGAGUUGCUCCUACAGCAUUAAGGGGUGUUGCAGGUGAUGCUCAAAGCUGUAAGUCCUUUUGAAAUCAGGCAGAGCAUCAACUGAUGACACUGAAGCUGUUGGGCAGAGAGGUGACUGGAGGCUCGGUGCCAAGGAAAUGACCCCACCAUGCUGAUGGGGCACCUAGCAAACCAAAGAAAAAGCAGCUCUGCCUGUCUUUAAGAGAUCAGUACCUUGUGUGGAAGCUCAUGUUGACAGCAAAGACUCUGAUGAUGAUAAUAAAGUUCCUUAUUAUUUUAGCUGCCCCGUAACAAAUUGUUCUUUGGGCAGCUGACAAUAGAGGAUUGAAACAUACAAUAAAAACAUAACACAUUAAAUCAUAACAAAUGGUGAAAAGAAAAAACAAAGCAAAACAGAUUAAAAACUCCUUUUAAAAUUAGUUAAAAAUCAGAUCAAAUCUGAAAACCUGAACUUAAAAGCCCUGCGUGAACAAAAAGGUUUUUACCUGGUAUCUAAAAGAGCAAAGUGGUGAAGCUAGGUGGAUCUUACUGGGGAGCCUAUUCCGUAUUGAAGAUAAACUCACUUAGCCACCAGUGGCACCUCCAGUGUCAGUGUAUUUAACCGCUCAGGUUAUGUCCAAUCCUAGUACACAUUGGGAUGAAUGUAUGGAAAUACUAGAAACUUACUUUAUAUCUCCAGAGCAUUCUCCCUCCCACCCCUAAAAAGCCCAGGAGGCAUGUCAAGGAACCUCUAUUGUAGGAGAUGAUUUUAGUAAGUAGAUCAAAGUUAGUGGAGCCCUAGAUGUUCUCAAAUGUGGCUCCCCAGAUGUUUUUGGACAAAGCUCACAUAAUCCGUAGCCACAAUAGCCAAAAGCCCAAAAGGAUUGUGGGAGUUAAAGUCCAACAACAGCUGGGGACCCAAGUUUGAGACCCCUUGGAAGGUGGCAGCACUGUCAGCACUCUAGAAAUCUUUCUGUUCCUCCAUUGGGGGCCUGGGAUCUUUAGAAUGUGGCUUCUCGCACAUGGGAUGCAACAGUAGUCUCCUUAACCAUAUUCACCUUCCUCUCUUGGGCUCCUUGCCCCUCCUGAUGCAUUUACCAGUCUCCAAAUCAUACAUUUGGUGCAUGGUCAGCUAUUCCCUCAAAGGGAACCAGAGUUACCACCACCUGUUCACAUGAGGUGUGUCACUUUUUCUGUUGCCUGUGCUGUUUAGUCCAGUGGGUGUAGGCUGUUGAUGACAGCCUGGCUACUUGUCUCCUGCAGGGUGCUAGGGAGAGAAGAGAGGGCCUCGCAUUGGAGGGAGAGGCCUCCAACGGAACAAUCUUCUACCUCUAAUGAAUCUGGAAAGCUGUCGUACUGUACAUCUCCGAUGCCUAACUAUUUCCCUAAAUGAGAACCAGUCCAAACUAGUUCCAGCCGACACCAUUCAGUGUAUUGGAGCAGUUCUAGAUUUUGCCACAAAGGGAAGAGGGGGUGUAUUCAAGUGACUGAGUCCACCAGAAAGGAGCAGGGAGCUGAUAGAGGUACAAUCAUCAACCCUUUGAUCACUCUCUACAUUCCUUGCCUGUGUAUACCAAAGGAUGGCCCCUGCAGCACACAGAGGUGUGAAUUCUGAGCAGGCGCUGUGUUUGGGGAGGAUUUGCUGGCAACUAUCUGGGAACCUCCCUGCUGCUCCAGUUUGCAUGCAUGGUGGAGAACAGGUCCUGUUCCUCUUUCUUUGCUAAGCCAAGGAUAACUUUGGCAAUGUGAGAAGGUAAGAGGAGAGGGUCAUGAGGCAGUAGAAGUGAAUGUUGCCAGAUUAAAUCCUCAAAAAUAAUGGACUCCAGAAAAUUGAUAGUGGGUGUGUUCAUGGUUUAAACAGUUGACCUAAAUGAUGGACGGGGCCAUAUAAUCUUCAGGAGCGUCAUAACAUUCCAGGCACUCUCCUCAAGGUAAGCUGAUGAAUCACAGGUGCCUGAGCAGAGGAGGAAAGACUUUUGCCAGAGAGGAAAAGGAGGGUUGUAAUCCAUGUCCAACACAUUUAUGUGGUUUUCAGGAAAGUUUUGAAUUGAAACAUUUCCCGUGCUCCAGGUUGAUUGGAACCUGAAUCCCAACAGUAACCGCCCCCCAUUGCUAAAUGUAUUUGAAUGGGGGUUAUUUUUAAUCAAAUGACCAUACUGUACAUGAAGCCGCCUUAUAUGGAGUCAGACCAUUAUCUCACCACCUGUUGUCUGGGCUGGUUGGAAAUGGCACUCCCAGACAGAGCAGGGUCUUUCCCAGCCCUCUUUGGCGAGGCUGCCGGGGUCUGAGCCUGCAAAGUACAUGCACUUCCACUGAGUUACAGCAGUAUCACUGCACCCUUCAAGAAAACUUGUUAAAUAUAACCUUAAAGCUGCAUUCAAACAAAUUUGCAGUUUUUCAUGGAAACUCUUUGUAUUGGAAUACUUGCAAUGUAUUAAUACAUGCCCGUUCAGUAGCCUGGUGUUCAUAUUUUUUAGGGGGGCAGGCCAGGAGGACCAUGUAGACACCAAGCUGUUAAUUUUAAGGAUGACUUCUGUGCCUAGGAAGUCUCUAAUCUGCCAUUCAUUGGGAUAUAUUCAAAUAAAUGUUCACAACACUGAAAUGAUUCAA